AAACAAAUUCUAGUGUUCUUCUUUUUUGCCCUCCUUCGUUAUUUGUUUUUUUUUUCUCUCUCUUCUCGUUUGGUUCAAUCAAUGGGUGCAGAGGUUAAGAUCUGGAACCCCGUUGAAGUCGCAGAACAAGCUAGCCAUAACUAUGUCUCCAAGAUUCAUCCCUCGCAGCUUACCAUCGACCCUUCGCUCGAACUUCCUCAUAUGACACCUCUCGUCCUAAAUAUGUGCAAGGACAUGUUCAAGGCGUGGGCAGAUUUGGAUGAUUCUUGCUUUGCUGUUGAGAAAAUUUCCGGGGGAAUUACAAAUUUGUUACUCAAGGUUUCAGUUAAACAAGAAAAUUGUAUUGAGGAAAUUAUAACCAUCAGAUUGUAUGGACCCAACACUGAGUACAUUAUAGAUCGUCAGCGGGAAUUGCAGGCUACCAAAUUCAUCACAGCUGCAGGAUUUGGUGCUAAGUGGCUCGGCAUAUUUGGGAAUGGCAUGGUGCAAUCUUUUAUUAAUGCUCAAACUCUAUCACCUUCAGAUAUGCGGGAACCAAAGCUUGCUGCUAAAAUAGCUAAGCAACUUAAAAGAUUUCAUUAUGUAGAAAUUCCAAGUUCAAAGGAACCUCAAUUAUGGAAUGAUGUUUGGAAGUUCUUUGAGAAAGCAUCUGUUCUUGAAUUUGAUGAUAGUGAAAUCCGGAAGACUUAUGAAACGAUUUCAUUCAAGGAAAUUCAUGAUGAAAUUGUUGAGCUCAAGGGAUUGUGUGAUCUACUCAAAUCUCCUGUAAUUUUUGCUCACAACGACUUGCUUUCUGGAAAUAUAAUGAUUAAUUAUGAAGAAGAUAAACUUUACUUCAUUGAUUAUGAAUAUGCAUCAUACAACUAUAGAGGCUAUGACAUAGGAAACCACUUUGCAGAAUAUGCUGGUUUUGAUUGUGACUUCGACUUGUACCCAAAUAUAAAUGAACAAUACCAUUUCUUCAGGCAUUACUUACAACCUGAAAGACCUCAUGAGGUGCCCGAGAAAGAUCUUGAAGCUUUGUAUGUUGAGGCAAAUACAUUUUCCCUUGCCUCUCACGUUUUCUGGGCAUUGUGGGGUGUGAUUCAGGCAAAGAUGUCCCCAAUUGAAUUUGAUUAUCUUGGUUACUUUUUCCUUCGAUACAAGGAAUACAAAAGACAGAAAGAGAAGUAUUUCUUGCUUGCACGGACCUAUCUUACCGGAUGCAAGAAUAAGUAAAUGAAAGAGAUUUACUCAAUCACUUGUACGUUUUAGUAUGUCAUGUUUGUAGCAUGAAUCCCUUGAUUCAUGUAGUUUAUGUUUGCUUAAAAUUUCAUUUUAGACUUUUCAGAAUAAUGGCCUAAUUAAGCGUGUAGUUUGAGCUAGAGGCUUUUCUACCUCCUGUUGUUGUAAUCCUAGAACAGGCUAUAAAAUUGAUGUCAUUCUUUUUUCUGUACUCUGGCAUUAUAAUUUUUUUUUUGUCUUGCUCAUUCACCUCUACAAAAGUGACCCCUCACUUACAAUC